AUGGAGGUGCAGUUACCCCGGCGCUCACGGCAGCGGGACAUUCGGGAGAUGGCCGACGUGACAGCGCGCGGACGCUUGGACUACCUGUGGGCGGCUGCUGUGGCGGAAAACGACCUGGCGUUUAGGACGUCUUCGUCUAAGGCGAUGCAAGCGUUUGUGGAUGCAGUCGCCGCAUUCGGGAAGGCCUACACCUUACCUUCGGCACACAAGGUGGCGGGCCCACUUCUUGUCAAGUUGAAGCUCGACACGGAGGAGCUCAUCAAGCCAAUCAAAGAGAGUUGGCCGAGAAGCGGAUGCACCCUCACGAUGGACGGUUGGACGUGCCUCAAAAGCCGGGGCAUGAUUUGCGUCAUCGCCCAAAACGACACCGCGCCGGUGAUUGUGGACUGCGUCGACUCCAAAACCGCGAAGAAAACUGGAGAGUACCUCGCGAAGCUCAUCCAACAUGCGAUUUGCGAGGUGGGGGACAGCCACGUUGUCCAAGUCGUCAUGGACAACGCGGCUAACAACAAGCGCGCGGCAAACUUGCUCAAGGAAGAGUACCCGCAAGUCUUCUUCAUCAAUUGUGCGGCCCACGUCUUGGACCUCAUGCUUCACGAUAUGGGGAAGGUCAAGGCGGUGAAGAGGGUCCUCAACCAGGUGCAUCGGGUUGUGAUGAUGGUCAAGGGGAGUGCCUCGGCCGUCACACUUUUCCGUGAGUUGUUUAGCAAGCUAGCGCUUGUCCGCCCUGGUGCUACUCGUUUUGGAACGCAAGUGAUCAUGAUCAAGCGUUUCCUUGAGGUUAAAAAGGCAUUGAGGGAGAUGGUGAUUAGUGAGGAGUGGAAAAGUGUAGCGGUGGCGAACACGGAGGAGGGGCAGGCUAUACGUGGUCUCCUCUUGGAGGAGACGUUUUGGGACUCCGUCACGGCCAUUCUCGGCCUCAUGAAGCCCAUCUACGAGGUGCUACGCAUCGUUGACCGGCGGUCCCUUGUGAUGGGGAGCGUCUACGGCCUCAUGCUUGAGGCUACGGUCAAGACCAACGAAGCGGCAACGAAGGCGGCUGCCCAACUCUCCAAGAAAACCGGUUUGCUUCCGAGAAACGAGAAGGCCGCGUUUCUUGCUGCGUUUAAGGCUAUCAUAGCCAACCGAUGGGACGAACAGCUGCACAACCCCCUCCACGCCUUGGGGUGGCUUCUAAACCCGAAGAAUCAGUACGUAGGCGAGAUUCGGGAGGAUGCGGAACUGAGGGCGGGGGCUGAAGAGGUGUUUAAGGCAAGGGGGGGCAGUGUUGAGAUGCGGACGAUGCUAGCGGUGCAACUAGCCGCUUUUCACAAGGGAGAGGGGAAGUUGGGGUCUGUGGAUGCGCGGUGGGCUGCCACCAUCUUGGUGGAGAGCGGGAGGCUCUCCGCGGCUGAGUGGUGGGCGCUGUAUGGGGGUGAGGUUCGUGCUUUGCAAAAGAUUGCGGUGAUGUUGCUCUCCCAGCCCGUGACUUCAUCCGAGGUCGAGCGGUACUGGUCCGCUCUCGCAAGGGUCCAAAGGCGGGACCGCAACCGGCUGAAUGCCACGUCCAUGACGGACGUGGCAUUCGUGGCAUUUGGCCGGCGAGCUCGGGAGUCCUAUGACAAAAAAACAGAGGCCCGUGCUAAGCUCUACAGCGAGUUGAGCAAUGGAUCGCUGCAGGAGGGCAGCACAAGCGUGCUUCUUUCUCUUCCGGUGGAGGCGGAGGUGGAUGAGGAGGAGGAGGCGGGGGGGGGAGCCGUGUACCAUUGA